AUGGCUGGAGGCUCCUUAUCUGGCCGCACCAGGAGUCUUGGGGCAGAGCCAAGCUGCCUUCACCAUGUGAUUGGGGAUGGCAGUGACUCAGGGGGCGACAGGCUGGAAGUGGAGAAGGAGCUGGUGUCGUCAGCUGUUGUUAAGAAAGAACAGAGGAGCCUGGGAGGAAACUCUAGUCCUGAGAGGACAGGAGGCCCGAGUUAUGAGGCCGAGCAUAUCUGGUCAGAUGUCAGGGUCAGAGAGAAGCUUCAUGUUCACCUCCCAGAUGGCCUGGACCACUGUUGCUUGCCCUUGGAACAGCUCUCCUACUUUCUGCUCCUGCCUGAGCCCCUGGCUAAUGAGUUUGUGCAGAAUCGGAAAGGUAUUAACGAGACCACGGCAUCAAGGGAGAACACUCGUCUUCCCACGCACCAUGGCGCUGCCAAAGAUGGCCCUCCGUGCCGGCUCUGUGUAUCUGUCUCUGUGUAUGACGUCUCGAGCCAGGCUCUGUUCCGUUACCAAACCCUCUCAGAGCUGCGCUGGCAGUUUGGGCAGGGACUGAGAAACAGGGCAAGCAUUCCCACAGACCCAACCCAGCCAUCGGAGCAAAGGGCCCUGGGCCAGGACGGGGAUCUGUGGCAGCGAUUUUUGAUGGAGGUGGUGAGGGCAGCCCCAGCAAUCCUCUGCCUUCGCCCAGUGCUCGGCUACCAUUUCCUUCCGUCUUUGCUCCGCUCUCUGUUUAACGGCGCGCGCCAGGCAAGACCGGGAACGGAGGCCGCAGGGCUCUCCAGGCCAGGUUCGUCCCUGGAUCCCACCCCGCGGGGGGCCGUGCAGCUCCCGGCGCUCUGGCCGCUGACCAGCGCCCGCAGUCUGAGCCGAGGUUGCCGCAGCGCCAGUAAUGUCGGGGCCCAGGCUGGAAGGACACGGCGUAGGGACGCUGGGAGCCAGCCGGCUGCCCCCGCGCCCGCCCCCUGGCCGCAAAUCCCUUGA